AUGCGUCAACGCGUAUCUGACCUCUUCGGUUCGGGGAGCUCGCAAGGGUAUACUCGCGCUUCUACCACGCCUUCCGACGAGUUUGGUGGCCACAACAACCCCCUGUACGCCUCGGCUGGUGGAAGCAGGUUCCAAGAGAUGAUGCGCGAUCCGUCCCGCAAGAAACUCUUUAGGAUCAUUUGCCUGAUACUCAUCAUCGGUGUUCCCUACGCUCUCUUUGCAUCGACACCCUCGUCGGCGUCCACUUCGGCAGUAGCAGUCAAGUCUGUGGCUUCAGAGACAGGAGAAUUGUCUCAUCAGGAUCGCCAGUGUCCUCGCAUCCUUGAAGGCGGAGCCGAUGCCGUCUUGUGUCAUGUCCAGCUGGCGCAGCGCAAAUUCGACGCAAUGGUGUCCAGACAGUCUCAGACCUACGACCAGGCCGUCAAGCGCUAUGUGCAGCAGUACAAUCGACAGCCGCCUCCUGGCUUCGACGAUUGGUUCAAAUUCGCCAAGGACAACCACGCGGUCAUCAUCGACGAUUACGGGCAGCUCGAAAAGGAUCUCGAACCGUUGCGCAAGAUCCCAGGCCACGUCUUGCGUCGUCGUAUCGAAAACGCUCGCAAGACAAAUAUGUGGCUCCUCCACCAGUGGGACUUCCGCAAUGGAAAUGUCACUACUUCGGCGCCCAACGAUUGGGAGAAUGUGGGUGUCUUCCGAAGUAUCAUGUCGCCUUUCCUGCACAAGCUCCCCGACUUCACCGUGUUGCACAGCUGGGACGAUGCGCAUCGCGUGUGUGGACCAAAGCACGGUGUUGAAGAUGUCAACGACACGAGCGUCGUUCAGAUCGGUACAACUGGCCUUCCCGAUACGCGAGAGUAUCUCACACAAGGCUGCCCUCGCAACACCGAGACAACCUCGUCCGUGGCCAGCGAUCGACCCUCUAACGAUAUCUGCUCUCACUCUUACGACUGGAUCACCAAGCACGGUGUGUUCCACACCCACAACGGCUGCUUCAACUCUUCCGUGCCGGUCCUAUCCUUGACAAAGGUUUCCAGCUUCCAAGACAUCACCACUGCUUCGUGGUGUUACGGUGAAACCCAAUAUCGACUCUUUGGCCACAACAAGGACACCGUACCUUACUCGCAGAAGAAGACAAAGAUCUACUGGCGAGGAAGCAGCACCGGCUCCAGACCCGAGGGAAAGUACGCCUAUUUUGGUCACCGUCAGCGUCUCGUGAUGGCUGCUCACCAGAUGAAGACCAAAGCUGCCCAACUUGCUGCUCGAGUGAAGUCCUCCGACGCGCUCACCUUCACCGAUGCUGACGAGCAACGCGUCGAGCUGACAAACAUGCCCAAGACGUUCACAAAGACGCAGCUUACGGCUCUUUCCAAGCUCGGCAGCGACGUGAUCGACAUGAAUUUUGUCGGUUUGCACGGCUGCGAGUCGGAUCCCAAAUUUUGCGAAGAGUGGAAGGCCAAGAUCCCGCUCGCUGCGCACCAGCCUUCGUCCGAGGCGUUCCAGAACAAGUUCUUGAUGGAUCUCGAUGGAAACUCCAUGUCAUGCCGAUUCUACCGUCUACUGGACAGCAACAGUCUCGUGUUCAAGCAGACCAUCUACGUCGAAUGGCACGAUGAUCGUAUCGUUCCCUGGCUGCACUACGUUCCCGUGUCGACGGGGAUGGAGGAGCUGCCGAUCUUGCUCGACUUUUUCGCAAAUCAUCCCAAGGGUCAAGAGCUGGGUGAGAUGAUCGCCAACGCAUCGAGGGAUUGGGCGGCAUCGGCGCUCAGGAAGAUCGACCUCUCGGUGUACACGUACCGCCAAAUGCUCGAGUUGGCCAACAUCAUUGGUCACGAUUGA